AAUGCAAGUAGCGACAUCUGUUAGUAAUUGUAAACAAAUGUCUAGAUAUCUUCGUCUGCUUGAGAAAAUGGAUAAAAUUCGUUGUUUUUCGGGGCCGAAACUGUAUCGUAUCUACGCAGACGGGAAUGAACGGGGUAAAAACUACGAACAGAAUCAAUUAGAAAAAUUUGGAGAUAGUGUUAUUAAAUCUGUAAAGAUACUAUCAAGAAUCUUUAGGUGGACCCUGCCUUUCUCUCUUCCCUUUAUGUAUUACAAAGGAAUGUUUACAAUUAUUGGCAUUCAACAGCUUGGCAAGUUCAGUAUCGUUGUCUGUAUCAGUUAUCUAGUCGGUAUAUUUAUGAGAGGUCUUGGUAGGAUGCUCAAUGAUGAUUAUAGUAAAUUUAACAGCUACCUAUCAAAAUCCCUUGAGAGUGAAUCGGCAAAAAAAUCCCUUUUUCUAUAUGAUUGCGACACAUGGGUAUUGCCUACAGAGUACAGUUACAAAAACAAAUCAUCAAAAGUUAAAGAACGUUCCAUUACUCUAGAAAUUCAUCCAGAAUAUAGUCUCUUAGAGAGACUAUUGGGAUUUUUGGCAAUUGUUUCCUUUGGGAGGACUCUAACUUACCCUGGAGCUACGAAACUGUUUCAAACAUUAGCUGGACCUAUGAUAACUCAAGGAAGAGCGAAGUUAAUUGAGGAGCAAGGGGGAAAAAGAGCUAUGAUAGAAACAUUAGAUGGAAACAGGAUUGAUACCGCUUUCGUUGAUAGAAGACGUUCGCCAGAGCACGCUAAUGGUUCAACACUUGUGAUUUGUUGCGAAGGCAAUGCCGCUUUUUAUGAAAUAGGGUGCUCUGUUACGCCAUUAGAUGCUGGUUUCUCAAUUCUUGGGUGGAAUCACCCUGGAUUCUGGGGUUCUACCGGCUCACCUACACCAGAGGAGGAAACUAAUGCCAUUGAUGCUGUUUUUGCCUAUGCUAUUGAUAAACUGAAUUUCGAAGAAACAGACAUUUGUUUAUUUGGCUGGUCUAUUGGAGGUUAUCCCGCCGCUUACGCUGCUGCCCGUCAUCCGAACUUAAAAUAUGUUAUAUUAGACGCUACGUUUGAUGAUAUUUUGCCUCUCGCUGAAGCUCGAAUGCCUAAAGCUUGGAAAAAAUUGGUUGAAGUUGCCAUUCGAAAAUAUAUGAAUGUAAGAGUUGAUGAAAACCUAAAGCAAUAUCAAGGUCCCAUAACUCUUGUUAGGCGAGCUAAAGAUGAAAUGAUAACAACUCUUGGUCCAGAUCAUAUAUGGUCUAAUCGGGGUAAUGAGUUGCUUAUGAAAAUUUUAGCUCACAGAUAUCCAAAUAUUAUUACCAAUGAUGUAAAGCCUACUAUGUAUCAAUAUUUAAGUGCAGAUGAACAACAGCGGCAAUCUAUGCUAAGAAUGGUAGAGGAGGAUAAUUGCUGGGCUCUAUUAAAAUCAUAUUGUGAAGAGAAAAAAGAUUAUGGAUUCCCUUGUAGUUAUGGAGCAGAAUGUGAUAAUGAGAAGAAAAUUUCAAUGGCUCUUUAUUUGGCUUCAAAAUAUAUGAGAGAUUUUACCUCUACCCAUUGUACACCACUUCCAGACGCCUUUUUCCAAGAACCAUGGAUGAUCAAAGAAGGAUAA